AUGGUUCAAUCUUGUGUUGUGAAUGGCUGUAAAAGUGAAUCAUACCCUGGUUGUGGAAAAUCUUUCCACAGAUUUCCCAACGAUGAAGAAACCAGAAACAAAUGGAUUCAAGCAUUGCAUAUUACUAAAAAAAUAUCAAAAUAUAGUGUCGUUUGCAGUCUCCAUUUCAAAAAGGAAGACUUUUUGCCCUCACUUUACAAAAAAUUAAAAUCAAAAGUGGUUCCUUCAAUUUUUUCUAUGGUUGGAAUGUCAUCAGUCACUAGCAUGAAGUCAGUCCAAUCGAUUCAGUCCAGUUCAUUCAACAUUGCCAUCAGUUCUGAUGGGUCCUUGUGUAUACUGCCAUCAUCAGGCGUCCCUAUUAUACCACAACAGCCUAAUCACCUGGAAACUUGCUUAAACAUGUCACAGAUUAGUAAUUCUGGUGAUAACGGACCCAUAUCUAGCACAGAAAAAAGGACUAUGGUACUGCUUAAACCAAAUAGUAAAGUGCCAAGACUUCUCGAAGAUGAUCCUCUUAGAAGCACAACUGGUGGUGAUGUCAUAUUAAUCGGUGAUGAAGAGCCCGAAGCUCAUGAGCAAGUUGUCAAGUACCCAAUCAGAAUAGAAUCCAAAAUUGAUUGGGAGGACAAAAUACCUAUGGACAUUAUAUCUUUUGUGGACAGUAAAUCUUCGAUUGUCACCCCUAAAGUUAAGGGGCAAAAGAUUGGCUUGAACAAGAACAUUCUGUUGAACUGA